AUGGCAACCCACUCCAGUAUUCUUGCUGGAAUAAUCCCAUGGACAGAGGAGCCUGGUGAGCUACAGUCCAUGGGGCACAAAGAAUUGGACAGGACUGAAGCGACUGAGCAUGCAGGCAUGCAUUAUAGUGCUUCACAAAUACUGCAUUUUUACAAAAUUAAGAUUUGUGACAACCCUGCAUAUCAAACAAGUCUAUUGGUGCUGUUUUUCAACAGUAUUUGCUCACUUCAUGUCUUUGUGUCACAAUUUAGUCUUUCUCACAAUAUUUCAAAUAUUUCAGUAUUAUUCCUUCUCACAAUAUUUCAAACUGUUUGA